CCGACCGUCCUGGGGUUUACAUUUCUCAUCUUGGCCCCCUCUGACAAAUCUUCUGCGUCUUUAUCAGUUGCGUGUCCCUGGUCACAUCAACGCAGCACUCGGCGGCAGCUCAGUCUAUAAGUAUACGCAAGCUAUGCAGGCUGCUUUUCGUCGACCCCUUUCUUCCACCUCCGCGGCCGCAUUUCGGAGCAUCCGCGCGUACCGCCAAGCCACGCCCAUCCGUGUGCGGUUCAUGACGACCACCCAGUACGAAUUCAUCUUGACGUCGCGUCCCGCGGACGGCGUCGGCCUCAUCACGCUCAACCGCCCCAAGGCGCUUAAUGCGCUCUCGACGCCUCUCUUCACUGAGCUCAACGCGGCAGUAAAGGAAUUUGACAAAGAUGACAGCAUCCGCGCCCUUGUCCUUACGGGCAGCGAGCGCGCAUUCGCUGCUGGUGCGGACAUCAAGGAGAUGAAGGACAAGGAAUUCUCCGAGGUGUUCAAGGGCAAGUUCCUCGAGAGCUGGUCCCUCCUCACCACCGUCGGCAAGCCUAUCAUUGCUGCUGUAAGCGGCUAUGCGCUCGGCGGCGGCUGCGAGCUCGCCCUCAUGUGCGACAUCAUCCUCGCCUCCCCCACCGCCGUCUUCGGCCAGCCCGAAAUCAACAUCGGCGUCAUCCCCGGCGGCGGCGGAACGCAACGCCUUGCGCACGCCAUCGGCAAGUCGCGCACGAUGGAGCUCACGCUCACCGGCCGGAACUUCACUGCCAAGGAGGCCUCGGACUGGGGCUUGGUCUCGCGCGUGGUGGGCGAGGGCGAGGGCGAGGUCGUGAAGGAGGCGGUCGCGCUGGCCAGCGUGAUUGCGAGCAAGAGCGCGAUUGCGGUCCAGGCGGGCAAGGAGGCGGUCAAUGCGGCGUACGAGCAUACGUUGACUGAGGGCCUGAGGUAUGAGCGGAGGUUGUUCCACUCGCUGUUCGCGACGAAGGAUCAGAAGGAAGGUAUGGCCGCAUUUGCGGAGAAAAGGAAGCCGACUUGGAGUCACUCUUGAAGCGUGGAUGAGCGGCGACGUCACUAAUUUGUCAAUAUACAGUAUUACUCGUGCACCCCAGUGUCAUUACAAUGCUAUCACGGUUGAAGUGUGUG